UGGCAAUUAUGUUUAGAAAUAUACAAAAGUAUGUAGUUUUAGUGGAAUAUAUUAAAUAUUUUUUUAAUUAUAAAUGUUAGUGUAAUUUUGGCCUGUACCUUUAAUAUCAGACUUCCCUCGUACAGUAGCCCACAAUCACUACAACACAUUAUUAUGCAUGGGGCUGUUUGCAUGUCAUAUGCAAACUAUAUGUCAACUCAUGCUAAUUUGCAUGAGCAUUUUAUUGAGCAUUGUCACAUUUACAUGUGACAAUGCUCAAUAAAAAAGAAAAGAUUGAACAAGAACAAGCAUUAAAUUUAUUAUUUACCUCAUGGAUGUUCAUAUAAACUAGUAUUUUUUUUUUUUUUGUUCAUCCAGUGGUCAACUGCUUGUGACAUUACUUUUACUCCUAAGCUGUUUUCUUUUGUACUUGAGUGGAGCAGCAGUGGUGACUAGCAGAAGAGCCACCACUUGCUGCUCUGCAUGGCUACAUCCCUGUAUAUAAAAUAAUUCAUUUGUUUCUUUUUUUAAAUAGAAUAAGAGAUUUGCCAAAUUGAUGACAAUGAGUAUAAGAUUUCAAGAUGAAGAUAAGCAUACAAGCAUCACACGAUCAUACCAUGUUAAAUCUUAUGAUGCAUCCACAAUGGCUCAGGACUUGUAUAAUUUAUUAGAGAAAAUGAAUAAAAGUUCUUCAUCCAGUCAUCUCUGGUUUCCUCCUAUAGUUAAUUUGUCAUUAAGUGCAGGAAAGUUCCAAGAUAAUCUUAAUGAAGAAACUCCAAAAAUUCAUAAAUAUUUUAGUCUUAAUGGAAAAUCACCUAUCAAAAAUAAAAUAAAUAUUGAAAACAAAGAAACUCCAGAAAGCAAAUUAAAACAAAGUACUUCAUUCAAUGAAAAUAAUAGUGAAAAUACAUCUUUGCAACUUCCUACAACUUCCAUAAAUAGUUAUUUUCAGCCUAUUAAAAGUGGAGAAUGUUCAAAUAUACAAAAUUCUAUCAAAAAACCAAAUAAUAGCAAUAACCUUAAAGGAUUUUUUGCCACAAAAUUGAAAUAUAAUGAAAGUAAAAAUUUAUCAAACAAAAAUUCAACAGAUUUGUUUUUAAAACAAAACAAAGGUGAAGAAAGUAAAUAUGAAGAAACAAAUGAAAAUGAUGAGAUUAAAUCAAAAUUAGAUCCAAAAGAAAGUCCUGACGAUGAUAGUUCUGAUAAAUGCUUGGAUUUCUCUGUUAUGGAAGAUAAAGAUCGUGGAUUAUCUACAUCUAAUGAGAAAAAUUUUACAUUGACUGAAGAUAUAAGCAGUAAAUGUGAACAAUGCAAUCAGUUAAUUCCUGUUUGGGAAUUUCAAGAACAUCAAGAUUAUCAUUAUGCUGUUUCUGUGCAACGUGAAUUAAAAAAUGCACAAACUCUAUCAAGUGGUAAAACUCAAACAGCUACAAAAAGAAAAGCAAGUCCAAGUAAGAGUAAAAUUAUUAAAAAGAACAAAGAUGGAUUGAAAACAAUUGACAAAUUUUUUAAAAAGUCAUAAGUGUUUAUGAAAAGAAAAUUAUUUUUUGAAAUUAAUU